CUGAAUCUGUUUAUGUCUUAAAAUAUUGUAGUAUUCUGCAGAAUCAUGUAACACCUUGUGUAGUAAUAAGUGUAAAUUAUGUGGAAAUGUGGAUCAAGUUUAAAACGGCUGGGGUUACGUCCCGUAACAAUAUGUAGCAACCGUCAGAAAGCAAGUGCAAUAUCUCAUGUUCUUAGAUCAGACAUACCUCAAAUAUAUCAUCAUAUAAGGGACCAAAACCGCUCCAACAUUCAACGAUUAAAGAUAAAAUACGAUGCAUUACUUCACCGUGCAAUGAUGGGAGGUGGUAAGAAAGGGAUCGAAAAUCAUGUAAAAAGAAACAAAAAACUCUUAAUUCGUGAUCGAAUUCGACUUUUACUUGAUGAAAAUGAACCAACGCUGGAACUAUCAGCUCUCGCUGGAUUAGAUCUUGAGUAUGGAGACGUACCUUGUGCUGGUGUUGUCACAAUGAUUGGUAAAGUUAAUGGCAUUUGGUGCAUGAUAGUAGCAAAUGAUGCAACUAUAAAAGGAGGUACCAUAUUUCCAAUAACACUAAAGAAACAGUUACGAGCACAAGAAAUAGCGAAAGAAAAUCGAUUGCCGACAAUUUACUUGGUUGAUAGUGGGGGUGGGUUUCUACCCUUACAAGCACAAAUAUUCAACGAAGGUGGAAAAUGCUUUUACAAUGAAGCAGUUAUGUCAGCUGCUGCCAUACCUCAAGCUGCUAUUGUGUGUGGUUCAUGUACUGCUGGUGGUGCAUAUGUGCCGGCUAUGGCAGAAGAAUCUGUAAUUCUGCAUAAAACAGGAACCAUCUUUCUUGGCGGACCUCCGUUGGUGUUUGCGGCAACAGGAGAGAGGAUCACAUCAGAGGAGUUAGGAGGAGCAACUCUUCAUUGUAAAGUGAGCGGAUGUACGGAUCAUUUUGCUCAAACUGAAGAAGACGCGAUUAUUACGAUGAGAGAUAUUGUGGCAACCAUGAACCAACAAGAAGAAAUUAACGAAGAUACAUACGAAGAGCCAUUAUGUGACGUGUCAUUACUCAACGACCUUGCCCCAUGUAAAAUGAACGGAUACCAACUUGAUGGUCGGCAUAUGCUUGCUUGUGUAUUGGAUGGUAGUCGAUUCCAUGAAUUCAAAAAAUAUUACGGACCGACACUUAUUACUGGAUUUGGUUUGGUCAAAGGAAAAUUAGCAGGUUUUGCUGUCAGUAAUGGAAGAAUAACAGAAUCUACUGCAUUGAAAGGCUCCCACUUUACCCAGUUAUGCAGUCAGCGUAAAAUACCGAUGGUGUUUUUACAAAAUUUUAGUCAAGAUUCAACACACCCCCCUGUGCAUACACUGGAACAGAGUAGCAAGUUAAUUAAAGCUCAGUGCCAGUUAAUGCAAGCGAUCGCAUGUUCUACAUCUCCAUCAAUCACCAUCACAACUGGUGGUAUAUGUGGGUCACUUGAAUCGCAUUCACUUGGUUCACUUGCUAUGGGUUCCAGGUUUCACUUUGUUUACCCAAACGUGCGUGUUGGCGGAUAUUCACCUGAGUACAUGGCAGAUACUAUGCAGAACACCAAGGAUAAACAACAUGAUUAUUUAGAACAAUUUAUGACAGAGACCGAUUCAUUUCACGCUGCUGCUAGAAUUCGUAAUGAUGGCGUGAUAUUACCAUUUGAUACACGAGAUAUUAUUAAUAAAUGUUUAAGAAUCUUUAAGCAAAAUAAUGAAAUAAGUGUUACUGAUUUGCAAAAAACAUUAAGAAUGUAAGAUAAUGGUUUUUUUAUGUUUUUUUUAAUUAAUCUGAAAUAUAUUAUACAGUAGUUUUAUUUUGAUUUGCUAUUGCAGUAAUUUAAUAAAUUUGAAGAAAUGUAA